GGGUUCUGCUACAAAAUGUUUGAGGGCAAAAAGAAAUGGGAUGAUGCGCAACUCGUCUGCCGUAGUCUUGGUGCCGAACUGGUGUCCAUCCGCACCGAGAUGGAGCAGGCGUCAGUGAAAAAUGUCUCCCACCUUGAAACCAGCGACAUGUGGACCGGACUGAACGACCUGGCGCUUCCCGGCACGUUGGUGUGGUCGGACCGCCACCAGGUGACCUUCACCCACUGGGCCGCGGGAGAACCCAUCCAGCGUGUCGGCCUCGACAAACACUGCGUGGCUGUGUUACGGCAGGUGCGUCCUCAAAUGAGCAUUGGGAAGAAGAAGAGCUUUGCGCUCCACUGAAAUGGAUUGUUUUCUUUCAGACUGGAAGAUGGAAGCCAAUGUCCUGCGCCCAAGUCAACAGCUUCAUGUGCAAAAUGCCCACAGCGCAUUUUCCAAUU